AUGACGAGGCGCAAUACCGGCGCCUGCCUGGCGCCACUCUUGCUGCUGGCCACGCUGGGAGGCGCCUCUGUGCCCACUGGCCUGGACAUGAAGCUGCUCAGGGAGGUGACGUCGAAUCCGAUGAACAACCAUGUGAUCUCGCCGUUCCUGAUGUCGCUGCUGAUGUCGCAGGUCUGGCUGGGCGCCGAAGGCACAACCAGAGCCGAGAUGACGCCUGUGCUGGGAAUGUCCGGUCCAAACGACAGAUCCUUCCUCGACGGCUACCGCUCGGCCUUGGCCGUCUUGUCUGGAACCAGUGACGGCGUCAGGGCGUCAGUGUUCAGCAGGAUCUAUCGCAAGCGCAGCUUCAGCGUGCGCCGCACCUUCAGCGAUUUAUUGGCGCGUUACUACGGAGCCGGAGUGGAGGUGCUGCCCAGCAACGCCUUGAAGGCUGCUCAGGUCAUCAACAACCAGGUGUCGGUGGCAACGCGCGGACACAUCAAGGACCUGGUGUCAAGUGCCGACGUCAGGAAUGCUCAACUGGUGCUUUUAAGCGCCGUGUAUUUCAAGGGCACUUGGCUUUAUGGCUUCAAGAAGCACGGGCAGAAGCCGUUCUUGACGUCGGAUGGUGAUCGGCGGGUAGACAUGAUGAUGGUGGAGGCAGAGUUUGGUACUGCCGCCCGACCACACUUUGAUGUCGUUGCGUUACCGUACCAAAACCAAGAUUACAGCUUGCUGGUGCUGCGCCCGCGCAGUCGCUCCAUGGCUGGCGUGACCCUGAUGCGGAAGUCUCUCGACGGCCUGAACGUGACCCGGCUACACAGUCAGCUACGUCAGCGAACCGUGCGUGUGGUGAUGCCGUCGUUCAAGAUCGAGGGUCUCUAUGUGAUGCCCUUCUACAUGAGAAGCCUGGGCAUCAAGCGGAUUUUCCAACGGGGGGCAAACUUCAACGGCAUAUCGUCGGACAAGACCUUUGUCAGCAACAUCAUCCAUAAGGCGGUGAUGGAGCCGUGUGGGUGA